GGGACGCUACGUCACGGGGGAGUGCGCGCAGCGGAGCUCUACUGUCCAGUGUUGGCGUGUAGCCGCGAGUGAUCGGUCCAGCCGGUAGCUGACCAUGGAGGCUGAAGCGUCUCAGACCAGUGUUAGGGAAGUGACCGGCGAUACCGUGUCAACGCCUCCAGAAGAGAAGAAAAAGCCGCGGCCUAAUGUGCUGGAACUGAAGGAGCGAAUACAGCAGCUGCAGACGGAGGCGGUGGAGCAGCUGGAGCAGAAGCUGCAGCAGCUGGUGGAGGAGGCGCUGCGAGUGGCAGAGGCGCCGGCCACGCCGCCCUCGCCGUCCCACCACCUGCUCUACGACGACGCCAAGUAUCGCAACAGGACGCACCAGCCCAGCUCGGGAGCCCUGCCGGAGAAGCAGUUCCUGGCGAGGGAGUCGCUGUUGACGGACCUGAUGAAGAUCAAGCACUUCCACACCGUCUACAACAUCUUCGUGGCCAUGUUGCUCAUCCUGUUCCUGCACACCGCCGUCUACGACCUAGUCGCUGAUGGCCAGUUGAAGCUGGGCUUCUCAACUAUAUUUUGGAAUUUUGAUGGGCUGCACAUUGUAAUGGCAACCUGGGUCUCCAUGCAACUUGCAGUAUUUGUGCUGUUCAUUGCAUUCUGUCACUGGGCAUCAUUUCGUGUUUCAUUGUCUAUUUCUGGAUAUCAGAGAAAACUUCUGGACACCAGUGCUCUGAUUGUUCUAAUUGCCUACAAAAUUGGUUUUCUGGUGCUGCCAGUAUGUGUUAUACAAUACAAUCAGUUACCUCCUAUCUCAGCCAUGAUAAUUCUUUGUGAGCAAGUGCGAAUGAUAAUGAAGAGCUAUGCAUUUUUAAGAAGUAAAGUGCCAAAAGUUAAAAUGUUCAAGCCUCAUACUGAAGCCACAGAUGUGCUACUUCCAGACUUCAAUCAUUUUGUGUAUUUCAUGUUCGUUCCAACCCUUGUUUAUAGAGACUCAUAUCCAAGGACUAAGGAAAUCCGCUGGAAGGUGGUGGUGUGGCAUCUGACAGAGGUGUUUGGAGUAAUAUUCUUCAUUAGCUUUGUGUUCGAACGGAGCUUGGUACCUAUGUUCAGAAACUUUGGGAAGCAACAGCUGUCUCCUAAGGCAAUGGUUGUUGCCAUUUUUGGCAGCAUGGUUCCUUCAAUUACUGUAUUUCUUUGUGGUUUCUAUUGCAUUCUUCAUGCUUGGAUGAAUGCAUUUGCUGAAAUAACAAGGUUUGCAGACCGCAUGUUCUACAAGGACUGGUGGAAUGCUAAUUCCUAUGCAGCCUACUAUCGGAAUUGGAAUGUUGUUGUCCAUGACUGGCUGUAUACGUAUGUGUACAAAGAUCUGAGUGAGCUGCUAGGUGCCAAACGACGUACUCUCCCUAUACUUGCAGUCUUCUUCCUGUCUGCAAUUGUCCACGAGUACAUGCUUACAUUCAUUGUUGGUUUCUGUUACCCAAUGCUUUUCAUGGCAUUUGGAGUAUUUUCAGUGGGCCUAGUGUUUGUAACACAUGAUCGGCUGCCAGGUGGCAACCUAUUAAUGUGGUUGCUCGUCACAACAGGAACAGGUCUCCUUACCAGUCUCUACAUGAUGGAGUGGUUUGCUCGACGCCACUGCCCUCGGUUUAUUGAUUCUACAUGGGACUUCUUUGUGCCAAGAUCAUGGUUCUGUUCUCCACUCACAUCUGAGUAACAAUAGUUCGUGUACCGUAAGUUAAGCAGGACUUCAUUUUGAAGAUAGCUUUCAAAAGUGCAUCAGUCCUUUCUUGUCAUUGUGAAUACUCAAAAGAACAUAACUUUUAACAUGAGAUUAUAUCAGUGGACUGGAAUAAAGUAUUUUUGUAGUGUAUAUAUACAGAUAUUUUAAUUAUUUUGUAGUAAGUCCAUUUUGUUACAAUGUUUGUAGUUCGCUGCAAUGUGAACUCUGUGAUAAAUGUGACUGUGAAAGUUGUACAUAUUGUAUGUGAUGUACUUUUGCACUUUAGUGGUGUGAAAUGUUUUUAUGUGUAUGACAUUUGUAAUGUUCUUAUUUUGGUAUUUUUACUUAUUAGUGAUGUAGUAUCAAUUAGCAUGACUUUCUGUGCUGUCCUUGUACUAUACUUUACCAUUUUCUCCCUAAGCCCUUUGCAUUGAUUUUAAUGUACAAAGACUGAGGUACUGUGUAAUUAUAAGACAAGUACUGAUGACCAUGACAGUACAGAAAAUUCUGUUAAUACAUUUAUGUACAUAAGUAAAUGAUAGAAUUUUGUCUACAGUUAUAAAUGUGCAAAUUUGUUUGACAUUUAGAGAAGUAAGUAAAUAUAACACAGAUAUAUAUUUGCUACCAAAUGUACAUUAUUAUAGGUCAUAAACGACUCCACACCACAUUAUAGCUUCCUUUUUAAAAAAUGUAGGAACUGCUAUCACCUAACUGUUGCAUUACAUGGCUGUAUUACAGGACAUCUGAAUUAGCAUCUUGUUGAUGUUCUCUUAAAAACUAACAGUCAAGGCAUAGGGGGCACAAUCAUGGUACUUCAUUCUUAAUCAAGACUUCUAUAUCAGUUGAUUCAUUUAACUUAAGAUCAACAAAGCUGUCGCAUCCUGUGGAUUUUUGUUUGAUGGCCUGGUGUCUAGCUCCUGCCUACAUAGUUUUGGCAAAAGGAGCUGCCUUCUCCUGCCUGAGCAUUUGGUGGUCCUCAUGCCAGAGUAAGACUCAUGUUUACUGCCACACAGUCACACCACCACCUACAUACUUCCACAGCCAACAUCAUUUCCACCAUCAGAGCGCAGCUGGCUCCAAAGUUCCUUUGCUUUGAGGUUUCUGCACUCCUAUCCUCUUUCUUAACAAAUGUACCUCCUCAGCAACUUGGAUCCAUGAAGCUCUGUGUAAUACGCAUUUCCCAGAUACAAUAUUACCCAACUGCUUCUUGUAUGCUACAAGUGAGAUGCACUGCAGAGGGAUCAAAGACAAUCCCACAGCUGCCACAAGGCCACUCAGGUCCAUGGCCAUUUUGACUUAUCAACUACUGUCAUUCAUGUUGAACAGCAUUAUUUUGGACAGUUGUUUCACUUUGUCUAAUCUGUGGGUACAUAAUGUCAACCAGUCACUUUGAAGGCUCCAUAUUAUGUGUUAUACUUGACUUUAUCACAGAAGAAAAUUUUGUUAGUUCUUCACAUUCCCAGUGGAAAAGACUUUCAGGUAAACCGAUAAUAUUGUCAUGGUGUAGCAUUUCAAUCCCAGUAACAUCAGUAUCAUUUAGUUUAGUUGGCAAUCCCUUAGUAAACACUUGAUGUGAUACUAUUUGUACUGAAGUUUCGUUUUGUCAUCACCGAAUGUCACAGUUGUGUUAAAGUUUUGUGUACUGUAAUACUUCCAAGUAAACUGACAAAAUCUUGAAGUAUUAUGAUUAAGCAACAUUUGAGAUCCUACCUGUCUUGCAUUCUGUUUUCCAAUUUAACAAAUUGCUUUUGCAGCAAAUGAAACAUUUUAUAAAAUGAAAUUUUAACCAAAUGGUGGGGCAUAGGAAGUUUUUUAUUUUUUAUUUAAUGAACGUUAUUUCAUAUCAGGGCUUCAUAACUUCUCAUCUUUCACUCAAUGUAAGAGGAAACAGGAUCAAAAAUUGAUAGUGUUGUUUUAUGCAGGCAACUGAAUGCACAUAAUCCAGAUCAAGAUUUGUCUUAAUCAGUCAUUACAUGCAUUUUUUCUGCACUUUAAGAGCUGAUUUUGUUUCUUAUUUAAGAAAGUUUUCCAAAUCCAAUCAUGAUUGUAAGUUAGUAUCAGCUUGACAGUGGUGUUGCACUACAGAGCCUGCAAAGUUUUUUCAACCCAAGAAAACUGUUCCACUGUUAGAGUCAAACAUAUUUUUCACUUUGGGCCUAAUCAGUUUACGUUGUUAUAAUAAAGAUAGCUCAGGUUACAUAUAUAAGCAGAUAACAUGACAGUUUCUUUGAGUUUAACAAUCUAGCCCUUCAGACAAUUCACUAAUAAUAGUACCUACUUCUGUUGCCCAAGAUCUGAUUUGACUAUCGAAGCAUACUUGACUGUGAGACCUGAGUUUCUCCUGGCAUAUGUAAUGUUCAAAUAAAUUAAGAGUGCUUGUUGAUUAUUUCAUCCAGUUGCAUCCCCGUAAGUUAUUUGAACAUCUUGGCUUUCACUAACAAUUGGACCUAACUAUUAAUAUAUCCUGCAGUAUCUAUAUUGUUCUUUCCCCCCUUAUUCAUUCCUUUAAUCUUUUUCUAUGUCUUUUUUAUACCUUUCUGCACUUCAUUUUAAUUCUGUUUGCCUGUUGCUCUAGUUACUUGUCUAUCUACUUCAUUUUGUCUAAAUAAAUUUUGUCACUCCCUUUUCUUUCUUUUCUUAUUUUCUUGUUCAGCUUCAAACAUUACUGCCGGCUGGAGUGGCCGUGCAGUUAUAGGCGCUACAGUCUGGAACCGCGUGACCA